AUGAUGCUGGCAGCACGCAGAAACUUGGGUUUUCGACGGGUUUUAACGACGAGUAACCCCCCGCUACGAUACAUAUCCUCGACAGCAACUAACUACUACAAUUGGACCGACCCUACAACUAAUGUGGCUAGAGAUGAGGUCGCACAUCUAGCUGCUACACCUCGUCGCUCUCUGACGCUCGCAGAUUUACUUCACCAUGGCCGUCCACCAUUGUCCAAAGACGCACUUUUGGCGUCCGCCAACUUUACCCUCUCUCUUCUCCCCGCGCGAUUAGCAUCGCGAAUUCAAGCUUUGAGAAAUCUACCUUUCAUCAUUGUCUCAAAUCCGCAUAUGUCAAAAAUCUACCACAAUUAUCUGCACUCGCUGUCCUCUCUUCUUCCGUACCAACAACGGAAAAUCACCACAUUCGAAGAGGAAAAGCAAUUCGUGAACGUCUUGGCCGAUCUAGUCCAAACACACACCAACACUAUCCCAGUACUGGCUCGUGGAUUCCUUGAAUCUCGGAAAUACAUCAACCCAGAAGAUGUGACUCGCUUCCUGGACACCCAUCUCCGCGCGAGAAUUGGCACUCGCUUAAUCGCAGAGCAACAUUUGGCCCUACAUUAUACAUCACAGCCAGUCUCCGAUGAGGUCUCCGAGAAAUCAGAUGACCAUUUCAGUCCGUCAAACUACAUAGGUGUCAUUGAUACUGCCUUGCAACCAGCCCGCAUCAUUCGAUCCUGCGAGGACUUUGUCAGCGAGAUCUGCGAACUGAAAUAUGGUGUUCGCCCACGCCUAGAAAUCGGAGGCGAGCCAGACGCAUCCUUUGCUCACAUCCCCGUCCACAUCGAGUAUAUCAUCACCGAGCUGUUGAAAAAUGCCUUCCGGGCAACAAUCGAGUCCGGAAACGAGAGAGAGCCCAUUGAGGUAACCAUUGCCGCUGCCCCCGACGUCCCUCGAAGUGAGCGCCCGAUCCAAGAAGAUUCCGACGGGAGGUUCCAAUUAGCUUCUCAAUCUGAGCUUAGCGCCGCGCAGGAAUCCAUCGGUCACUCUAGCCCAUCAUCGCAGAGCAUCACGAUUCGCAUUCGCGACCGGGGUGGCGGCAUUCCACCAGAAGUCUUACCUCAUAUUUGGUCAUAUAGCUUCACUACUUUCUCUGAAAUGGAUUUACAGAACACGGAGACUUCCGAUCUACGGGCGUUGGACACCCUAGCGGGCCCUGGGGGGCAUUUAAGUAGUAUUGCAGGACUGGGAUAUGGUUUGCCGCUCAGUCGAGCCUACGCGGAAUAUUUUGGAGGAAGCAUCGCAGUCCAAAGCCUCUGGGGAUGGGGUACAGAUGUCUAUUUGACUCUUCAGGGAGUUGGGAAAAUCGAUUGA